GCCUAGUGUUCUCAGAACGUUCCAGCAUUGAAUCAGAGAAUUAAAAGGGAUUCCUGUGAAGCAACAUCUGAUUUUGAAGAUGACUAUCAUAUCAGAUCUCAUAAACCUUAACCUCUCUGACGUCACCGAUAAGGUGAUUGCUGAGUACGUAUGGAUUGGUGGGUCAGGAUUGGACCUCAGGAGCAAAGCAAGGACGCUCCCAGGACCAGUUAACGAUCCUUCAAAACUUCCCAAGUGGAACUAUGAUGGUUCUAGCACAGGUCAAGCCCCUGGCCAAGAUAGUGAAGUCAUCUUAUGUCCACAAGCCAUUUUCAGAGAUCCAUUCAGAAGGGGUGACAACAUCCUGGUUAUGUGUGAUGCUUACACUCCUGCCGGAGAACCAAUUCCCACAAACAAGAGACACGGUGCUGCACAGAUAUUCAACAAUCCUGAAGUUGCUGCUGAAGAGCCCUGGUAUGGAAUUGAGCAAGAAUACACCUUGAUGCAGAAAGAGGUUAACUGGCCUGUUGGGUGGCCUGUUGGUGGUUACCCUGGACCCCAGGGACCAUACUAUUGUGGUGUGGGUGCUGACAAGGCUUUUGCUCGUGACGUGGUUGACUCCCAUUACAAAGCCUGCCUUUAUGCUGGCAUCAACAUCAGUGGAGUCAACGGAGAAGUCAUGCCUGCCCAGUGGGAAUUCCAAGUUGGUCCUGCUGUUGGUAUCACUGCAGGUGAUCAAUUGUGGAUUGCUCGUUACAUUUUGGAGAGGAUCACUGAGGUCGCUGGUGUUCGGCUUUCCCUUGACCCCAAGCCAGUCACGGGUGAUUGGAAUGGUGCUGGUGCUCACACUAAUUACAGCACCAAGUCGAUGAGAAAUGAUGGUGGGUAUGAAGUGAUAAAGACGGCAAUUGAGAAGCUUGGAAAGAGGCACAGUGAGCACAUUGCUGCUUAUGGAGAAGGCAAUGAGCGACGCUUGACCGGAAAGCACGAGACCGCAAACAUCAAAACCUUCUUAUGGGGUGUGGCAAACCGAGGUGCUUCCGUUAGAGUUGGAAGGGACACAGAGAAAGAAGGGAAGGGAUAUUUUGAGGACAGGAGACCAGCUUCUAACAUGGAUCCUUAUGUUGUCACUUCCAUGAUUGCUGAGACAACCAUUCUCUGGAAGCCGUGAUUUCUUUAUAUUCUAAGUGUUAUGACUAGCUAGCAUCCGAUCCAUGCAUGUUUAGG